GUUCGAGCCUGGGCCCCACCAGUUCUAGCCGUCCCUCGGUGCAGGCUCUGACUUGUGGCGGCCGGCUCCCCACCCCGGGCUUCCCGAGACCUCCCGCUCAGAGGCGAGGCCAGCAAGGCCCUACCCCCGGCUGCGCUUCCGCUCCUCUGGUCUCCGAGAUCUGGCCGGGGAAGGGAGGAAUCCUGUAAGGCCAGAACGGCCUCAUCCCGCGGGAACCCACAGCUUUUAUUGUGGAAGUGUUCAGACUUACACAGAAGUACAGAAAAAUGCAGAAAAUAUCAUACCAUUAUGGAUUCUAACUACUCUGUCACCUAGCCUCGACCACAAAUGACUACUCUGGUUGCAUUACAGGGAAAAUGGAAGAGCUGAGUCAAGCCCUGGCUAGCAGCUUUUCUGUGUCUCAAGAUCUGAAUAGCACAGCUGCCCCACACCCCCGCCUGUCCCAGUACAAGUCCAAGUACAGUACCUUGGAGCAGAGUGAGCGGCGCCUUCGGUUAUUGGAACUGCAGAAAUUCAAGCGGCUCGAUUAUGUGAACCAUGCCAGAAGACUGGCUGAAGAUGACUGGGCAGGGAUGGAAAGUGAGGAAGAAGAACAAAAGAAAGAUGAUGAAGAAAUGGACGUUGACAUUGCUAAGAAGUUACCAAAACGCUAUGCUAAUCAAUUGAUGCUCUCUGAAUGGUUAAUUGACGUCCCUUCAGAUUUGGGGCAAGAAUGGAUUGUGGUCGUGUGCCCUAUUGGAAAAAGAGCCCUUAUCGUGGCCUCCAGGGGUUCUACUAGUGCCUACACCAAGAGUGGUUACUGUGUCAACACAUUUUCUUCGCUACUGCCUGGGGGCAACAGGCGAAACUCAACAACAGCAAAAGACUACACCAUUCUGGAUUGCAUUUACAGUGAGGCAAAGCAGACCUACUAUGUGCUGGAUGUGAUGUGCUGGCGGGGACACCCUUUUUAUGACUGCCAGACUGAUUUCCGAUUCUACUGGAUGCAUUCAAAGUUACCAGAAGAAGAAGGACUGGGAGAGAACACCAAGCUCAACCCUUUUAAAUUCGUGGGGCUAAAGAAUUUUCCGUGUACCCCUGAGAGCCUAUGGAAGGUGCUGUCUAUGGAUUUUCCUUUUGAGGUAGAUGGACUUCUCUUCUACCACAGGCAGACGCACUAUAGCCCUGGAAGCACUCCUCUGGUGGGCUGGCUGCGCCCAUACAUGGUGUCAGAUAUUCUUGGUGUGGCUGUGCCAGCUAGCCCACUGACCACCAAGCCGGAGUAUGCUGGGCACCAGCUCCAGCAGAUUAUAGAGCACAAGAGGAGCCAAAAGGAGGGCAUGAAAGAGAAACCCACACACAAGUCCUUUGACAACGGGCACUAUGAGCUGGAGCACCUGUCUACCCCUAAACUGAAGAGCAAUCCCCACAGCCCACACCAGCCCAGGACCCUCAUGGAGAACUAAAGAGGGCAGCCUUUUUUGGGAGUCAAGGGACAGUGCUCAGUCCCAGAAGGAAGGUUGGGGAGGAGGACAGUGACAACCGGUGACUUUAUUUUAGAGUGGACUUUCCAAAUCUGCUCCACUGGAAACAGCUUAAUUCCUGUAAAAAAGUGUAUCCUGGAUCCACAAUGUAAAUAUAUGUGAUUCUUAAAAGAA